GACAACCCGAUAUCAAAGAGCCAAGAGGCACCUCAGAUCAUCAGCAUUCCUUUAACGAGGCGAGGAACUCCCGAUGGUAAACUCAACAGCUGAGUAACAGGAUGACGCCGCAACGACAGGCCGAGAACCGAGGCUGAGAGGUCAAAGCACUGGGCCAACACCCGCCUGGCACGAGGUAUAAAUGGCCUUGGAGGGAAGGGGGUUCUCAGACUCAGACUCUUGGUCUUUCCAGCUGCUCUGAAACUCCUGUGUAGCCUCCGCCCACACCAUGGUUCCCUUCUGCGUCAGCUCAUGCCAGCCUCUGGACAGCGCCAAGACUCCUGGAGAAAGAAAUGUGUGUGUCCCCCUUACUGACAUGGAGGGCCAGCUUGGGGUGGAGGACCAGCAUGCCUCCCUGGGCCUCUUGGCCAACCUGGCACAUGCCAACCGUGUCCGUGUGGGGUCGACCUCUCUGGGCCGGCCCAACCUCUGUCUGCCCCAAAGCUGCCACACCGCUUGCCCCUUGCCAGGGACCUGCCACAUUCCUGGCAACAUCGGAAUCUGUGGGGCCCACGGUGAAGGUGUCCUGAACGGCCAUGAGAAGGAGACCAUGCAGUUCCUGAACGACCGGCUGGCCAACUACCUGCAGAAGGUGCGGCAGCUGGAGCAGGAGAACGCGGAGCUGGAGACCAAGAUCCGGGAGUGGAGCAAGUGCCACGAGACCACCGUGUGCCCCAACUACCAGUGCUACUUCCGGACCAUCGAGGAGCUCCAGCAGAAGAUCCUGUGCAGCAAGGCCGAGAAUGCCAGGCUGGUGACCCAAAUUGACAACGCCAAGCUGGCUGCGGACGACUUUAAAAUCAAGCACGAGAGUGAGCACUCCCUGCGCCUGCUGGUGGAGGCGGACAUGUGUGGGAUGCACAAGCUCCUGGACGACCUGAGCCUGGCCAAGGCCGACCUGGAGGCCCAGCAGGAGUCGCUGAAGCAGGAGCAGCUCUGCCUCAGGAGCAGCCACGAGCAGGAAGUGAACACCCUGAGGUGCCAGCUGGGAGACAAGCUCCGCAUUGAGCUGGACACCGAGCCCUCCGUGGACCUGAGCAGGGUGCUGGAGGAGAUGCGGUGCCGGUACGAGGCCAUGGUGGAGACCAACCGCCAGGAUGUGGAGCAGUGGUUCCAAGCCCAGUCGGAGGGCAUCAGCCUGCAGGCCAUGUCCUGCUCUGAGGAGCUGCAGUGCUGCCAGUCGGAGAUCCUGGACCUGAGAUGCACGGUGAACGCCCUGCAGGUGGAGCGCCAGGCCCAGCACAACCUGAAGGACUGUCUGCAGAACUCCCUGUGCGAGGCCGAGGCCCGCUACGGCACCGAGCUGGCCCAGAUGCAGAGCCUGAUCAGCACCGUGGAGGAGCAGCUGGCCGAGAUCCGGGCUGACCUGGAGCGGCAGAACCAGGAGUACCAGGUGCUGCUGGACACGAAGGCCCAGCUGGAGUGCGAGAUCGCCACGUACCAGGGCCUGCUGGAGAGCGAGGACUGCAAACUCCCCUGCAAUCCCUGCUCUACACCGGCCUCCUGCACCCUUCGUCCCAGCUGUCCCCCACCAGCCUGUGGGCCUUCCUCAGCCUGCAGAGCCUGCACUGGGAGCUGAUUCUGAGGGUCUGAGUUCCAGUGCAGGAGGUUGGAGCUGUUCGCACUGGGGCUGGGACUGCCCUCACCUUGCUCAGUCUUCUAGAGGCACUAGACCUGCUGAAGGCUUUUUCACUGAAUCCAAGGGCAGCAGAUACUUCUGAGUAGUGGCUUCCUGUUUGUGCCUUAGGCCGUUUUCUUUUUUUCCCCCAAUGUGGUAUUUUCUUGCACUUAAACUAUUGUUCUUCUUGUCCCAGUCUCUCUUCUGGAAUUUUGGUUCUACUCCAGUGCUUCAUAAUCUCUUAAAAUGUAAUUGGGCUCCUGCAUUAAAUGGUGAAUAAACCUCCUUCCCGUAUCAAGUGCUCUCUUUCCUGUGUUUGGCUGCAUGUGGUUGUGAUAAAGCGCCCGGCCCCUCAAACCCUUGGGUGGUCACUGGCCCUGAUGUGUCGCUGUCAGGGUCCCUCUGGGGCACUGGGGCCUGAGCCUCAGGAUGACCGACGGCCCUCUGCUGACAUUGGAAGUGUCUUUACCUUGCCCAGCGAUCCCCAUAGGCUGGUGAAAGGAAGCUGUGUUGGUGGCCAAGUUAGAAUUCCUUCAGAACAGCUCAGACCUAACACGUCCCUCCUGUGUUUUUGGCACCUUCAGACCCUUGGGAUUUUAUUCAAGAGAAAAAUCACAGACUAGAGUUCCAGCUCAGUCAAAGGGAGGUCCUGCUGAGAACUGCCUUGGCCAAGGUGCCAAGUUUUUUCUCUCAUUUAAACUGGCCCCUUCGGGGAGGCACAGAGU